CACCGCAACACAACACAACACCGCAACACACAACCCAGCCCGGGCCCCGGAGCCCAGCAGGUGUUCGCCGAGGAUGCCGGGGGUCCCGGGGGUCCUGCUGCUGGUGGUGGUGGUGGUGGUGGUGGUGGUGGGCUCGGCCUGUGCGGCCCCAGCCGGGGGCAACGAGCCGGGCCCGGCCCCGUGGCCCCCGCGGGAGGAGGCCACCCUCAACGAGAUGUUCCGGGAGGUGGAGGAGCUCAUGGAGGACACCCAGUACAAGCUGAGGAGCGCCGUCCGAGAGAUGGAGGCCGAGGAGGGGGCGGCUACUGCUUGGAAGACUCCCCUGGGCGCAAGCGGACCCGGCCUCCCCGCCAACUUCCACAACCCCCAGCUGGGGAACCUCACCCUGCGCACCCACCUGGAGACGGACAAGGUGACGGACAACCAGACUGGGCAGGCUGUCUUGGCCGACACCGUGGUCACCUCGCUGGACGACGGCGGCGACAGAAGGAAGCACGAGUGCGUCAUCGACGAGGACUGCGGGAUGGGCCACUACUGCCAGUUUUCCAGCUUCCAGUACACGUGCCAGCCUUGCAAAACCCAGCAGGCGCACUGCGCCCGGGACAGCGAGUGUUGUGGCGACCAGCUGUGCGCCUGGGGCCUCUGUGCCAAGGACGCGUCGCCCGGCGGGGACGGGACCAUCUGUGAAAGCCAGCGGGACUGUCAGCUGGGAAGCUGCUGUGCCUUCCAGACGGAGCUGCUGUUCCCCGUCUGCUUGCCGCUGCCCGUGGAGGGCGAGCCCUGUCACGAUCCGGCCGGCGGCCUCCUGGACCUCAUCACCUGGGACCUGGAGCCCGACGGAGUCCUGGACCGCUGCCCCUGCGCCAGUGGCUUCACCUGCCGACCCCACGGCCACCAGCCAGUGUCCGUGUGCGAGCUGACCUUCAACGACACCCACCCCGGGGGUGCCCUCUGGGACCUGCCGCUGCGGGACGCCCCGGCGGGCCGGGAGGAGGACGGGGCCGACGCCGUCUGGGAAGCGCGGAAGGAGCUCCUAGCCCUGGAGAGGAGUCUGGCCGAGGGGGCUGCGCUGCUGGACCCCCCCGGGGCCUCCGACCCGCUCUUGGGAGACCCCGUUUAGAGGAGGGAGGAGGCCCCGCGGCCCGCCGCCGUACGGGGCAUCGUGCACACUGUCCGCCCGCGUAGGCCUCAAACGCUCCGCCCGAUAGAUGUGCAAUAAAACGAGGUAACCCGCCUUCCCCGCGCACAGGCCUCCACCCCCA